ACAGCGAGGCUUCGAAUCCACACCGUGUCCGUUGCUCGGUAACUUGCUCUGGUAGCGGACCGCUCGUGACAGCAGCAACAUCCGACACCGUUUUGUGCGUGCAUGGAGCGAGAAGCGCGGCAGUAGGUACGCAGAACUAGCGACAACGCGACGGGACCACGUUUGCAAUCCAUUUUCCGCUCAGAAGGUCGCAUCUGGUUCGCACGCAGUGGCGCCGAAGUCAACGACGCGUCGCGCUCGACAGUACGAAAUCCACUCUGUCCGUCGCACGACUUGCACAUGCCGUACUCAGAGGCAGGAAGCGGCGAGUCCCUCGAUGAGUUUGACGGGUCGAUCCAUGCCGACCCGCAGUUGCAUCGCCCGAUGCAUGUCCACAUCACGGACGCCGACACCACGGCGCAGCCCACGUCAAAGUCGAGCAGGUGGGUCAACUGGUACAUGGGCGCGCCAGGCACCCUCGUCGGGACACUUCUCGGUCUGUGCUGUGUCGAAGGUGUUCGCGCCUUGCCGUUUGUGAAAGCGUUGAGCUCGAGAACGAUGUACGAAGUCGGCGAUGCGGUUCACACGGUCGGCGCGCUCUACUUUCGCGCGCUAACGUUGAUGACGCUGCCGCUUGCGUUUUUGACGGUCGCGCUCAGCGUCGCCGACAUGAUGACGUCCAAGCGCAUGUUCAAAAUCCGGUGGAAGAUCGUGGGGCUCACGUUGCUCACGACGCUGCUCGCGAUCGCGCAGGCGUUCGUCGCUGCGUGGCUGCUCGGGCCGCGCAUCGACAGCAACAACGCGUUCAAUUACUGGGGCCUCAACAACAAUACGCCCAUGGUCCUGUGGCGGUGCCCAAACUUGACGAAUCCCGACGGCCAGCGCACGAACGUCCUCGUUUUGGACAACGCGACAAACGAGCUCCGGUGCGAGCGGACGUGGGCCGGGUCGGUGAACGGGUCAACGUUCGACUCGCGGCUCUUUCUCAUGACAAGCGUGUCCGGCGGCACGUAUGUAUUCAAGCGCGCCGAGCGAUUUCAAUUCUCGUCCAUGGCGGACGAGAUUAUCAACACGAUCUCGAACCUGGCGCCGAUCAACAUGAUGGACAUCGUGCUGUCGAACAAUGUCGUGGGCCUUGUGGUGUUUGCGAUCGCAUUUGGUCAAGCCGCUGCAUUCGCGAAUGGCCAUGUUGUGUACGUCGAGCCGAUCCAGCUCAUGCGCGAGCUCCACGCGAUUUUCAAAACGAUGCUGUCGUACGUGGUCACGUGCACUCCCGUCGCGAUCAUCCCUCUCUUUGCCGGCCCGUUCCUAACGGGGACGCAGACGGCGCAAGACGACUUUCCCCGGCUCGGGUUUUUUGUGCUGGCAUUCACCGCGCUGUGCGCCGUCCACAUGCUCGUCGUCCUCCCCGCGAUUCUCUUUUGCUUUACGGGAACGAAUCCGUACAAGUAUUUGUUUCUCGUCAAGGACGCGCUCGCGUACGGCAUUAGUUGUAGUUCGUCCAGCACGAGCCUCCCGGUAGCGAUCCGACUCAUGGACGGCACCAACGCAUGCGACCGCAACAUUGCGCGGUUCACGGGGUCGAUCGGGACCGGCAUCAACAAGAACGGCGGCGCCGCGUACAUUGUGAUGGCGCUCGUGUGGACGAUUCGAAACGCCGGCCUCAGCGCCGACCUCACCACACUCAAGUUUGGCCUCAUGUGUGCGUGCGCGCUGGUCGCGUCGCUGGCCGUGGCGCCUGUGCGGACGGGCGGUCUCGCUGUGGUGCUGUGUGUCUUUCGCCAGCUCACGGGCCUCAACAUCGUGCCGUUCUCGUUGAGUGUCAUGGUGGUAGCCGAGUGCAUCAUCGAUCCGCUCUCGACCGUCGUCAACUUGUGGGGGAAUUUAGUCGUGUCCCGCAUCGUCGCGCAUCGACCGAGGUAGCACGUUCCCCUGCAGUGGUGUCGUCGUAGUGCAUGUAAACAUGAGAUUCGUUGUGGCAUCGCCGACCAGAAUGGACAAAACCCACGUGCGAGUUGUAUCGACGCGAUGCCAUCGAGAGGCUCGUGUGCGAUCCAAAUAAAGGACGUUCCUCAAGCUGGUCGCCCACCGCUCCACACGACGAC